AUGUCCAUCAAAGUGCAAGGGUUCAAGUCCUCCGACCUCCUCGAUCAGGUCAACUCACAGCUCACCAACGACCAAGGGUUCCGUAAAAAUGCCAUUCACACCGUUGGGGCUGCUAUUGUCUUCAACGUCAAGAACAAGAAUGGCCAACACCAGGCCUGGGUGUUAGAUCUCAAGGAUUCUGGGAAAAUCUCCAGGAUUGACCCCACCGACGUCAAGAAAUAUGACGCCCAGAUCAUCACCAGCGACGCGAACUUAAAGAAAUUGAUUGCGGGAAAGGCCAGUGCACAAGCAUUGUUCAUGUCUGGCAGACUCAAACUUAGGGGAGACGUUGCCAAAGCUGCUAGUGUCGAAUCAAUAUUCAAGCAAAAAGUCAAGGCUAAGUUGUGA